AGCGCGGGACGGAUGAAAGUACGGGUCCCGAGAGGUGAUUCAUACGCUGGGAGUUAAGCGAAGCUUGGUGGUUUCUUGAGGAUUACAAAAAUAAAAAACAGUCCUCGACAUUGCAAAAAGACUAGAAAGAAGUGAAAACAAAUCUAAAGAUGAAGGCAUUUCAGACCAUUUGCAGGCAGCUCAGACGUUCAAAGCGGUUUUCAGUGGAACCAGCUGCCCUUGUGCAUUUCUCUACUUCCUGUUAUUCAUGUGGCCGAAACAAAAAAAUGAACCCAUAUGAAGAAGUGGACCAAGAAAAAUACUCUCAUGUAGUACAGUCUGUCUUGUCAUUCAGAGGCCUUGCCCGCACCCCAGAAUCACUGUUCGAUGAAGAUGCUUUACUAUAUGGACCUGUGAGUAAGCAAAAACCCCCAAAACAACAAGAGGAAUCAAGAGUUCCACAAAAUUGGUUUCCUAUCUUCAAUCCAGAGAGAAAUGUUAAACCAGAUACAAGCGAUGUUUCAAUUCCUUUGAAAAUCCCUUUGCAAAGGAAUGUGGUACCGAGCGUGACCCGAAUCCUUCAGGAGACCAUGACAAAACAACAGAUUUUCUAUUUGGAGAGGUGGAAACAGCGAAUGAUUCUGGAACUGGGAGAAAAUGGCUUUAAAGAAUAUACUUCAAACAUCUUUUUACAAGGGAAACGGUUCCAUGAAGCCUUGGAAAGGAUACUUUCACCCCAGAGAGACUUAAAAGAGACAGAUGAAAAUCUCAAAUCUGGUUAUGUCGAAAGCGUCCAGCAUAUUCUGAAAGAUAUCAGUGGAGUUCGAGCUCUUGAAAGUGCCGUUCAACAUGAAACCUUAAAGUAUAUAGGUCUGCUGGACUGUGUGGCUGAGUAUCAGGGUAAGCUGUGUGUGAUUGAUUGGAAGACAUCAGAGAAACCAAAACCUUUUAUCCGAAAUACAUUUGACAACCCACUGCAAGUUGUGGCAUACAUGGGUGCCAUGAACCAUGAUGCCAACUACAGCUUUCAGGUUCAGUGUGGCUUAAUUGUGGUGGCCUAUAAGACGGAUCACCUGCCACUCACAUCUCAUGGAUGCGGAGCUUUGUUCCCAGUACUGGGCCAAGUGGCUUCUUCGACUGAAGAAUAA